AAUUACAGCGGUGAACCGCAACAACUGUUGCAGUAUAAUUCGAAUGACCGACGCGUUGACCGGUAAAAUAUCGGAAACACAAUCCAGUAGCAUUUCGUACAAUUAUUAUUAAUCGCGCACGCGUGCCGAGGAAAUAUGUCAAAUAUGUGCAAAUCUUAUUAAUAGAAAAACAUUGUCAAUCAUCCUGUUGUUUUAAUAUUUUAUAAUAAAAUGGUAUACUUCGACUUGUUAAACACUGCACAACGGCAUUACACAACAACCUCGUGAGAACAAAACUAGAAGAGCAAUAUUCACUUCUCUGGAAUUCACCAGUCGAUACUUCAUAACAGUUUCCGGCUCAUGUCAGAGUAACGAAAAUACAAAUGAAACAAGGAGUGGACUUUGGUUACGGAAUAAAAUCCACAUUAGUACAAUGUUUGGUGUUGACGACAACGUAUUUCUUGAACGUCCAGCAAGGGAUAGAUGUGAUGAUGCCAACGAUAAUCAUCGGGGCAUUAGAAUCUAAUAGUGGCGACAACACCGUGCCCGGCAUAACGACCGAGCAGAUAUCAUGGAUCGGAAGUCUGGUGUACUUAUCACCACCCAUUGGCAGCCUGUUCCUGUCGCUUGUUCAGGUACGGCUUGGCCACAGGGCGUGUAUGGCACUCACAAAUCUAAUCCAGCUGUCGGCCGUGCUGGUCGUGGUCCUUUUCCCGAUCACUGUGAGCACUCUGUACGCGUGCUCGAUGCUGAUGGGCCUGAGCACGGGUUUUGCCACUGGCCUGAGCAUAUCGUACAGCGGUGAGGUGUGCGAGCCAAAGCUUCGGGGAUCGUUGACGUCUGCCCUGAACGUGUUCUACUUCGUUGGGUUCUUUUUCGUCUCCACUACAUACGCGAUCACCAAGAGCUGGAAACAGUCGUUGAUUAUCACUGUCGCCGUGCCCCUGGCAAACAUGGUCACACUGUCGCUGACUCCCGACUCGCCGAUGUGGCUAUUGUCUAGAGGGAAGACGGACAAAGCCAGAAAGGUAUUAAUGAAGCUCCGGGGAUAUGUGAGUGAAGAGAAAUGCGCUACGGAAUUCCAGGAAAUGGUUCAAUACGUAUCUCUAUCGGCCAAAUCGGAAGAAGCAAAACAAAAAAAUACUUCGAUUCUGGGUAGCUUUUCACAUCCGGGACUGCGGAGUCCGCUUAAGCUCAUGUUAAUCUACAUAUUCUUCUCAAACGUCAUGUCCGGCGUACCGUACGCACCAUAUCUGAUGCACGUAUUCAAAUCGUUCAAAACACAAGCAGAACCUGCAUGGGCAAUGUCCGCCUACCCCGGAUUCAGCAUCAUCGGCAACGUAUUUACCAUCCUAUUGGUACACCGGCUGGGCAAGAGAUGCCUUGUGUUGUCGACCAUAACCUUCUGCUCGAUAUCGUACUUACUCAUCGGUUUCAUCGGACAGUUUUACGCCGACGCCGAGUACGCCGAGUACGCGUCCUGGGCGAAAUUGGCACUGUUCUUCGGGUCAACGGUAUCCUCGUCGCUGGGCGUAAUGCCGAUUGGAUGGAUCCUCAUGAGCGAAGUGUUCCCGAUGAAGAGUAAAAACCUGGGUUGCAGCAUAUGUUCCGCGGUGUACUUCUUCCUCAGCUUCUUCAUGACCAAGUUUUACAUGGACCUCGAGGGGUUUAUCGGCUUCUACAACACGUUCGUGCUGUUCGGCGGCGUGGGGCUCAUUGGGCUCGUGUACUUCUACUUUCGACUGCCCGAAACCGAAAACAAAACGCUAAAGGAGAUCGCCGAACAAUUUAAGCUCGAACCGGUGUAGCAUGUGGAGGAAAGCAUACCCAUCCAUCCACCCACCUACACCCGCCGCAGCUGAUAUGUAUCAUAAUAUAUAUUUAUAUAUAUUUCAUUCCUAUUCGAAACGCAUCGGCACGCGCACGUUAUAAUAAUAUAAUUUGAUAUGAUACUAUAAUUAUUACAUAGGUACAUUAAAAUAUUUUGAACGAUAUUAAUAUAUUGUAAAAAAUAAUAUUCCACCGCAUUGAUAAUAUUAUUUGUUCAACUUACUUUAGUUGGUCGGCGAAAUUUGCGAAAGUCGUCAAAAAUAUGUACACGCAUCAUAGGUACGUAUUAUUAGGUACGUGUCUAUCGCGAUAUAAUAUUAUAAUAUGUAUACAUACGCAAAUUAGUGAUCGGACUAAAAAGACAUAUUCAAAUUAAUUAUAUUUUGUUUUAUAAUAUUUAUGAGUUAUGAUAUAUUGUAUAGACUAUAGACUGACUUAACAACAGAAAUUUAUAUACAUAGUAGGUACCUACACACAUUUAUAUUUAUACUUAUAGAGUAUUAUUAUGUAUUAUAUUCACCUGUACCUACCUAAUAAUAUACACGAUACCGUAGUUAUACUGGGAAUGGUGUUUGCCUAAAUGUAUUGAGAGAUAACAUUUUUGAAAGAAAAAUUAUACAACUACUUUAUUA